AAGAAGCACAAGAACUUUGUAUAUACAGUUUAUUAAACUUUGAAGCUGGUCAAACUUUAUUAAAAAUAGUUUGUACAGGAGAAGAAGUUGUUCAACAAACAGUACUCAAGCAAGACAGUGAGUUGGGUGAACAAGUUGCUUCAAUGAUACGCUUAUCUUUAUCAGUGCUGAAUCGUCUGUUGCUACUACGUAACAAUUUCUGUGUGAAAAGCUCCAAGACUGAGGUGUCUCCCUUGGAAGCUGUACUAUUUUCUACUCCCGGACAUACUACUCAACCACAAGUUGUGCUCAUGGUUGCACAUUACGCAUUUCAGCGUUACAAUCCCCAUUUAGCAAUAUUAGCCAUUCAACUUCUUAAAAGAUUUGCAAAGGAAUUUCCCAUGUCUCUACUAGCUUGCUUUGGUUCUGAAGCUGAAGCAAUCCGUGAUCAUUUCUUGGCUAGACUCUGCUUUCAGUAUGAAAAUGUUCGGCUAAAGGUUGCCAUUUUAGAGUUUCUGACAGUGUGUAUUGCACAACAGCCUGGUUUGAUUGAAAUGUUUAUAUAAUGUUUCUCAGAAAAACAAUGAACCAAGUAAAGAAGAAGUUAAGCAGAAAAGCUGCUUAGAAUGUGUUAAAGGCAUCCUGAAAGAGAAAGAAUCCGAAGACCCAUAUCCUCAAGAACUGCUUUGUGCAGCUGUAGAAUUCAUUCAUGCUUUAUGGGCUGGACAUCAAGCUUUAGCUAUGGAAGCUCUGAAGCAAGAUCCUCAAUUUUGGAAUUUGAUCUGUGGUGUCCUAUUUACAGACAAAUAUUUCAUUCAAAGUGCAGGAAUAAAUGCUUAUGUCAUCCGUACUUUAACUCUUGAAGUAUUUUAUAAAGCAGCUACUAGGAAAGGAUUGGAUGAACAUGUAAAAGCUGUUUUUAAUGAUAUACAUUCCAAGAGCUUUUUGCUAGAGUGGUCCAAGCAUGUACAUAGUUCAAGUCCUAAAAGCGAUUUUCAAGUCCAAGUUUUAUCAUCAAUUUCAGAUGAUGUGAAAGACACAUUUGCCCUUCUAACUGCCUGGAGAGAUUUUCUUUUAAUUGUUGCUGUGUACAAACCUCUUCAGCUCUCGUCUGACGCUAAAGAACAAAUCCUUGCCAACAUCUUAGAACAUUUUUCAAAAGAGAUUGCAAAGAAUAAUUCUAGGUCUCUUAUACUGCUAUCUGAAUUAUUCUUAAUGCUAGGAUCACAUUGGAAGAGUGAAUUUGUGAAGCUGGUAAACUCAGAAGAUAACAACUCAAUAUUCAAUAUUUUAAAUGAAGUUGCACAAGAGGUUAAUGUGGUGCAUCCAAGAGAACAGUUAGUUGUUGUUUCCAUCGCUGUAUUUACAUUGAGAAUGCUCUCAAAUUCCAAUAUAAAAUUGUCUAAGAUCAAAGACUGGAUUGUUCCUUGUUGUCAGCUAUUAAAGAAAGCAUCUGUGCUAGUACACCAACCUUUAGAUCCAAAAGCAAUAUCCGGUGUUUUAAAAUUACCAAUUGUUAUUAUAUGCCUUUUAAAUGAAUUGAUACAAGAGAGCACUGGAUCGUUGCCUGUUCUUAAAAGCUGUUCUGUAUUUCCAGUUCUUGUUAGCCUCUUAAUUAAAAGCCUGAAAUUGGAUGAUGGAAUGGAUUUGUCUCAUUCUAUUUUUACCCUUUUUCUCACUAUGGCUUCUGAAAAGCAAGCUGCAGAAACAUUGUGCUGUUCUGGAUUUAUGCCUGAAGUUACGUUAAUGCUUUCUGAAACUAAUUUAACGAACCCUAUUCUGGAAAGAAAAACAAAACUGGUUAGUUCGAAAAAGAAAGUCUCAAAACAGGAUGUAUAUUUUGCUCAUUUGAGAUUUAUCACUGCACUACUACAAACAUUAGGAAAUUAUUUUUUACAAGACUGCUGGAACUUUACAGGAGUGCAUCAAGAAAUUUUGCAUGAAAGUUUAAUUGGUACAAGAUCUAGUCUUUCCUUGGAAAAUAUUCAGCACGCUAUUUUGACUGCUUCCUUUAUUCACCAGCUAUCCUUUCAUCAACAAAUGUGGAAACUAGAACAACCAAAAUCCCUUCAAAUACUCUUGAUGGACAUAUGCAAUUGCAUUUAUAGCACAGUUGCAAUACUCAGUAAACCAGGACUUCUGAAAUAUCUAGUCAUGCACAAGAUGCCGCCAGAUUCUAAGCUUAGUCCCACAAAAAGCAUUGAUGCUGAAAUUGUGCUCAGAAGAGGAUCUUCAGAAAGUGAAAGUGAAUCAUCUGGAGAUGUUUUAGAAGUAGAGCAAAAGUUAUUUGAGCUGUUAUGCAUAACUCUAACAGUAUUAAAGAAAUAUACUCCAGAUAUUGCAGAGACCAUGUCUGGUUUUACUAUAGAUUAUGGUCAGUGGCAACUAUUUCUGACUGUAAAUUUUAGCAUACCUUCAGUGGAUCAAGUAGGGCCUAUUAGUUUUGGGACAAUUUUAGCUUGCGUGAACAUGUGUUUGAAAGUUCUUGCAAAGAAUGAGAAGACACCAUCUCCGAGAAAAAAUACUGAAAGCAGUUCACCUAUCAACAGGUCUCUUUUGAUGUAUAUAUUAGAAGUCAGUUUGACAAUUUUACUUUCACAAUCCAAAGUUGCAUUUUCCCAUCCAGAAUUACCUCUGAGAGAAAAGCAAUUAAUUAAACGAGAACUAUCUGCAGAACUCAACUCUAUGAACAUCACCAUUAAUCGUUUUUUAAGGAGAGGGCCUUUGUCACCAGCAGCUGGUCAGAGCUCUACAAGUCCAGUGUUCUCAAGAUCUCAAUCAACAGAAUUUUCAUUUUUAAAAAUGAUUAGUAAUUUAGUAGAAAAACUUUUUAAAUGACAAUGAAACAUACUUGAAAGCUGUAAUUUUGUAUGAAUUUUUAAAUGUAUAAAAUAUUUUUAACUUAGUACUGACUUUUUUACUUAUUGUAAAUAAAUGAGUUUCCA